AUGUACGGUCCUGCCUUCCUCCAAAGCCAGAUAGCCUUCCCAGCAUUUUCCUAUGUGACCGUAAUCCUGAUCAUUAAUACAACGUCUGAUGCAACACUAGGCGAUGCAUUGCGUGGCUGCUGGCUCGCGCUCUUCGCCACGGUCCAGAGUGUUGGUCCGGGCGCUAUCUUGUGCUUGCGGGUGAUAGAACCGGCCAGGUUCUCGAGCGUGACCACUGCUCUGGCGGUGGCGCUUGGCUCGUUUGUGGUGGCAUUGCCCGAGUCCACUCACUUGGUAGCAAAGCGGAUAGGAUUGGGUCAGGUUGUGAUUGUGUACGUAGUAGCUUUCAUCAAUGGCGCGCACACUGACCCCGUCAUGCACCCUCUCCAUGUGGCAGCAAGUACGGCUGUUGGACUAGUCUUGGCUUGUGUUCUUGCCUUGUUGCUUCCCUACCCAAUGGCUAGCCUUAUGCAGGUGAAACAGAACAGCAAGCUACUCGCUGAGAAAGUUUCAGAGACGCUAAAGUUAUUUGUGGGAGCAUUCUGUGCGGAGGACAGCGCAUCCGCGCUUGUAUCGAUCUCUCGAGCCAAGUCCUUGGCUGGAACAGGAACCGAACUUCUUUCAAGUAUCAAAAGGCACCAAGAAAGCAUGCAGUGGGAGGGAGUUUCUGUAACAAAGCUUCAACACUGGCCGGCCUUAAAGGCAGGAGAGCACAGAUGGCAAGAUAUAAUGACACCGUUUAGAGGGAUGGAAAUGGCUUUAACAAGAAACUCUUCAUAUCCAGCUAGAAUAAUGGAUGGAGAGCUGAAAGAUGGUUUGCUUCGAUUUGAGGAGCUCUUGUGUCUUUUUAUCAAAGAAUCCAAGAGCUCUUUGCCUUGUGAUCCACCUACUGUUCCCGAGUCCAAUGCAGAAGAUAUAAUGAAGUCCCUCCAAGCUGCCCUUCAAACCAUUCCAACAGCCCACCAAGAUUUACCCUCCUAUUUCUUCUUAUUUUGCAUGAAACUCCUUCACUGCAAUUUAUUGGCCAAACCAUCUGCUUCCAAACAAGGCAACACAGUUCAGAAAGAUGAAAACUCUAGUACUGAUGCAUGUCACAUGAAUGGGAUCUCCUUACAUGGGGUCUGGAGCAAUUUGCCCAUGAAGGUAAGUUGGAAUAGGCUAAUGCCAGCAUUCAAAUGCUCACUUUCCCUGGGCCUUGCAGUCCUAUUUGGGUUGCUCUAUAACAAGGAAAAUGGGUACUGGUCAGGACUCUCUGUAGCGAUCAGUCUUGCAUCAGCCAGGGAGGCAACAUUCAAAGUUGCCAACGUUAAAGCUCAGGGGACUGUCUUGGGUUGCGUGUAUGGAUUACUGGGUUGCUCACUUCAUGGAAAAUUCUUGCCAAUAAUAUUCUUAUCUCUUCUCCCUUGGUUCAUUUUCACGAGCUUUCUACAGCGUAGCCGGAUGUAUGGUCAGGCGGGAGGAAUUUCUGCAGUUAUCGGGGCAGUAAUCAUCCUGGGCAGGAAGAAUUUUGGUCCUCCAAGUCAAUUUGCAAUGGCAAGAAUUACUGAAACCUUCAUUGGAUUGUCAUGUUCAAUAAUGGUCGAACUACUCUUGCAGCCUACUAGAGCUUCAACCACGGCGAGAACUCAACUCUCUAAAUGUCUUGGGACAUUGCACGCCUGUAUCGCCUCAGUAAGCCUUGGAUGCAACAUAUCCGAAUUGGAAGAGAACCAAAAGAGGCUUAAAAUCCAAGUAAGCGAGCUUGGGAAGAUCAUUACGGAAGCUGAUGUGGAACCCAAUUUCUGGUUUUUACCUUUUCAUAGUGCCUGCUACAUUAAGAUAUUCGAGUCUUUAUCAAAAAUGGGUGAUAUCCUGCUUUUUAGUGCUCAUGCGGUGGGAUUCCUUGAGCAAGCAUCACAAGGAUCAGUUGCGGAAUAUUCCUGGAAAGAGCAUGUCAAUAAGCUAGAAGAUCAUGAUGACCUUAAACUCUUCAAGGAAAUGGUUUGCUCUUCAAUAAAAUGUUAUGAACGAGUCACUUCGAUGAAAUCCCUCACAGUACUCGAAAAGGAGCUUGCUAAGAAUUAUUAUAAGGUUUCUUGUGAUCUCGAGUUGGGAAAAUCAAGAAGAAAUUAUUACCCAAACAUGAUUAUCAUGGAAUCAAAUUUAGAUGAACAUGCGAUGGAGAAGAAUAUAAUAAUAGAUUUAUAUCUCCAACAUUCAAAAGAACUUCUGGACAAAAUUCAGGUUGAAAGUAGUGAUCACGACGAGCUCAAGUACUACUCCCAAAGGGUUCUAAGCUUCACUGCCCUAGGAUUUUGCAUCAGCAGUUUUAUGAGAGAGUCCGCUGAGAUUGGAAUGGAAAUCAAAGAACUCGUUCAAUGGGAAAAUCCUUCUAGCUAG